AUGAAGUUGGAAUGUCGAAAGUUGAAGAUUGAACAGAAGAGUCAGAAGUAUUUAUUUCCCGUCCCAAUUAUUGUCGUAUUCCCACCUCACUAAUUAUGACAUCAAAUGCUGGAUGCUCCUUAGCCUGAUUUGUUGUUCAGUUCACCAGACCUACGACGGAGACCUGGAUAUGAACGGAAAUAUUAAAGGAACCCGACAACCACCAAUUUCCUUCCUCCAACAGGAUCAAACACCAUGGGGCUAGAAGAUUUUGAGAAAGAGCUUGCCGAAUCGCAAGCGAAGACUGAACGGCGAGAUCGAGAUCGCAGCCGCAGUCGAGAUCGUCACGGCGAGAAAUUAAAGGAGGAAAAGAGAAAGCACAGUCGCCACCGCCAUAAAGACCGCGAACGACACCGCCAUCGAUCACGCGGGCGCGACGAUGACCGACGAGACCGAAAUCGCGAGAAAAGGUCACGGCAUGACAAAGAUGACGAGGGACGAGAGCCGAAACGGGAUUCCAAACGUCGUCGAAAAGAGUCCAAGUCCCCAUCCAUUUCCUCGAACGAUGCACCCCGGGAGCGCGAUCCCGCCGUCCCUAGCGACAGGAUUCUCGACAACGCGGUCGAGGAGUAUCGCGAUUCCGGAGUUAAGCGCGAUGCAUGGAUGGAGGCACCGUCAGCGUUGGAUGUAGACUACGUGAACCGGGCGAAGCCGCCAGCGGAGGAACCCCGGCGUGGGCACUCACUGCACGACGAAUACAAUCUCAAGAUGCACAAGAACGAGCUGAAUCGACAUCUUGCCGAUGUGAAAGGCAGCGAGGAUGAAGGUGCCGUGGAGGACGAGUCAGCGCAACAUGAGGUAGCCUACGAGUUCGGGGAUGAUGGUUCCGGAUGGCGGAUGACGAAGCUGAGGGCCGUUUAUCGCCAAGCGAAGGAGACGGGGAAGGCGGUUGAAGAGGUGGCGCUGGAGCGGUUUGGUGGGCUCCGGGAGUUUGACGAUGCUCGCGAGGAGGAGGUGGAAUUGGACCGCCGCAAGAUGUACGGGAAAGACUACGUUGGGAAGAUCAAACCUAGCGGAGAGCUCUUCGAGGAGAGGAAGUUAAACAUGGGCAUCCACCGGCCAAGCUCCAGCCACAGUCGCCGUUCGAGCGAACUUCAAGAGGUUGAGGGGCUUCCUCAAGGGGAAAUUAUCCAGGACAGCGGCCCGGUGCUAAGUCCGACCGAACUGAACAAGCUAAAAGCGCAGCUCAUGAAGGCCAAGCUACGAGGCGGUCCUGAGGCCGCAAAGCUCGAGAAAGAGUACAACCGAGCAUUCGAGGUAUCCCAGCGCGAGCGUCCAAGUACAAUCGUCAUCGGCGGACGCGAAUCUCGCCAACUGGCCGGAAGCCGCACCGAAGAAGUCAACGCCAUCGACAGCAAACGCGGCCGGGAACGGGGCUUAGUCGAAGAGAACGAAGACAUGUCAAUCGAAGACAUGGUCAAGGCCGAGCGACGCAGCAAAGGCGUCGGCUCGAGCAAGGACAUGGCGGAGCGGAUCGCGAAAGACGGCAAGUUCGACAACGACCUAGACUAUAUGGACGACAACGCGGCGAAGCUGGCGAAGCGGGUGGUGAAGAGCAACAUGAACCUCAAGAACACCGCCGUGCACGAGCUGCAGAAGAUGAGCCGCAUCCUGGACGCCUGCCCGCUAUGCCAUCGCGAGGACACCCACACACCGCCCACCGCGCCCGUCGUGUCCCUCGCGACCCGCACCUUCCUCACGCUGCCCACCGAGCCCGAGAUCGGCGACGGCGGCGCGGUCAUCGUCCCCCUCGAGCAUCGCCUCAACCUGAUCGAGUGCGACGACGACGAGUGGGAGGAGAUCCGCAAUUUCAUGAAGGCACUGACUCGAAUGUACCACGGCCAAGGGCGCGCGGUGCUGUUCUACGAGAACGCGGCGCACCGCGCGCGGAAGCGGCACGCGAGCCUGACCGCGGUGCCGAUCCCAUACGAGUUCGGGGAGACGGCGCCGGCGUUCUUCAAGGAGACGAUGCUGGCGAGCGACGAGGAAUGGGCGCAGCAUCAGAAGGUGAUCGAUACGGGGAAGAUGGCGGCCGAAGGGGCGGGGCGGUCGGCGUUUCGGCGGGCGAUUGCGAAGGAGAUGCCGUAUUUCCAUGUAUGGUUCACGUUGGAUGGGGGCCUGGGACAUGUGGUGGAGGAUGAGAACCGGUGGCCGAAGGGGGAUUUAUUCGCGAGAGAGGUGAUCGGUGGCAUGCUAGACCUUGGUCCGGAGGUGAUCAGGAGGCAAGGAAGGUGGGGGAAAGGGGAUGGGAGGAGGGUGGAAGGGUUUAGGAAGAAGUGGAGGGAGUUUGACUGGACGAGGGUUUUGAUUGAAGGGCAGUGAUGGAGAUUAGUACAGAUAUUAAGGCUGCUUCUAGAGACUAUCUCAU